AUGCAUAUAUUGAUAGCUUAAGUAUAAGAGUAGGUACGGCGUGAACAUCCCAUGGAUCUCACACUCAAAUCUUCCUUAAAGUUACUGAACUAAUUUAAGACAGUGCAUUGCUACGGGUUCACUCCCGGUGAUUUUUUUUAAUUUGUAACUUAUUUUAAGCUUAUUAUAGUAUAAUUAAAUUAGCGUAACUGUAAAGGAGCUAGUCGUUAGUGUAGCUAACAGUGGUAGAAACCCGUGUCUAUCACGACCAUUAAUGAGAUUACAUUAAUCGUACUUCACUAUGGUAUUCUGUGUUUUACUGGCUCUGUGUAUGAUCUCAAAUGUAAAGAGCACUCAUACCUUUAGAAACCACAAUGUCAAGCACCGCGACCACAUUGAAGAAAAUAGUCUCUCACUCAGUGAUAUUCUACCGCAAAAACCCAAACAUUACGACAAAAAUAGAGCCCCUAAACUGCAAGGACAACCAACUGUUGUCUACUUUCACGUCACUGUUCUCUCUCUUGAUUCAAUUAAUGAGGAAUCGAUGACUUAUGUCACGGAUAUAUUCCUAGCACAAAGUUGGAGAGACCCAAGGCUCAGAUUCCCGGAGAAUAUGAGCGAAGAGUACAGGAUUUUAGACGUGGAGUGGCUCCACAAUAUUUGGAGACCAGACUGUUUUUUUAAAAAUGCAAAAAGUGUGACCUUUCACGAAAUGACUAUACCAAACCACUAUUUGUGGCUCUACCACGAUAAAACAUUGCUAUACAUGUCUAAAUUAACUCUUGUACUUUCAUGUGCUAUGAAAUUUGAGUCCUAUCCACAUGAUACUCAGAUUUGUUCCAUGAUGAUUGAAAGCUUAUCGCACACGGAUCACGACUUGGUUUUUAUUUGGAACAUGACUGACCCUCUUGUUGUGAAUCCAACGAUUGAGUUGCCGCAACUGGACAUUUCUAACAAUUAUACAACCGAUUGUACAAUUGAAUAUUCCACAGGUAAUUUCACAUGUUUGGCCAUUGUUUUCAACUUGAGAAGAAGGUUGGGCUACCAUUUGUUUCACACGUACAUCCCUUCAGCUUUGAUUGUCGUAAUGUCUUGGAUAUCCUUCUGGAUUAAACCCGAAGCUAUCCCGGCAAGAGUAACCCUCGGAGUUACCUCUCUACUAACUUUGGCAACUCAAAAUACCCAGUCUCAACAGUCCCUUCCUCCCGUUUCCUAUGUAAAAGCAAUAGAUGUGUGGAUGUCCAGUUGUUCGGUUUUUGUGUUUUUAUCACUAAUGGAGUUUGCUGUCGUGAAUAAUUUCAUGGGGCCUGUGGCAACAAAGGCCAUGAAAGGGUAUUCAGAUGAAGAUAUCACUUCGCAAUUUAAUGAAUAUAGGGGAAUUGACGAACCACGUUUUAGUACUGCCAGUCAGCCACAAUACGACACUUUUUGCCAUGGGAAAAACAUUGCUCUCUGUAUUGACCAGUUUUCGCGGUUUUUCUUCCCAUUUUCGUUUAUUAUUCUUAAUAUUGUGUACUGGACGACGUUUUUGUGAAGUUCUUGAAUAAAAAUCUUCUUAUUCUGAA